AUGCAUCAAUUGACCGAUCUUUCAUUAUCUAAUUUUAUAUUUGCUACAUAUGCUGGUAAAAACAGUGAAAUUACUGUUGAGCUAGCCAAAUGCAUCUGUCAAUUGAAAAAUUUAAAAAAACUUGACGUUAGUUAUAAUUAUCAUCUUGAGAAUGAAGUUGUUGAAUUGAUAAGUGAAUUGAGAGAAUUGAGAGAACUUAACAUUAGAUACUGUGAUAUUGGAGUAGAAGAGGUAAAAUAUCUCACUAAAUUGGAUAAAUUGCAUUCUCUGGAUAUUGGUAUUAAUCAAAUAUAUGCAGACGGAGCUAAAUUAUUAAGUACAAUGAAAAGUUUAACAAAGCUUGAUGUGGCUGAGUGCGAAAUUGGUGAUGAGGGAUGCCAGUCAAUUACAGAGCUUUAUCAAUUGACUGAUCUCAAUAUAAAUGGUGAUGGUAUUGGUGUUGGGGGAGCUAACUGUAUUGGUCAGAUGAGGAAUUUAAAAAGUCUCGAUAUUAGCAAUAAUUUCUUUGGAAAUUAUGGAGCAAAAUCAAUAAGUGAGCUAUCUCAAUUAGAAAUUCUUAAUGUUUCAUAUAGUGACAUUGAUGAAGUGGGAGUUUAUCAGUUACGCAAAUUGAAAAAUUUAACAUCUCUUUCCAUUCAUCAUAAUGAGAUAACUGAUGAAGGAACUAAAUAUAUAGUAGAAUUGGACCAAUUAACUCAUCUAGAUAUUAGCAACAAUCAAAUUGAAACAGAAGGAGCAAAAUCUAUUAGUGAAAUGAGUCAAUUAACCUCAUUGAAUAUUAGUUCUAAUAUUAUAGGUGACGAGGGAGCUCAAUAUAUCAGUCAUUUAAAAAAACUAACAUCACUAAAUGUUAGCAAAUGUAGAGUGAGUGAAGAAGGAGUUGAAUCUAUCAGAAAACAAUUGAAACACUUGAAAACGCUUGAGGUAGAAUAA